CCGGUACGCUGGAGCCUGAGGAGCCGUCGCCGCGCACCCGGCAGCGGAUGCAGGAAUCCACCCCGACGGGGACCGCCGAGCUCCAGCUCAGCCCGGAGCAGGGCGAGCGGCGAGACGGCGCGGCGCGGCAGCUGCGGGUGCUGCUCACGCCGCUCGCCGUCGCGGGCCGGCGGCUGCCUCAGAAGCGGCUGCUGGGGGCCUACGGCGGCGGGGGGACGGAGGGCAGGGCUCCGGCCGGCAAGAGGCUCUGCCUGGAGCCUCCCCCGGCCCUCCCCAGCCCGCGGAAACCGGCCCCCGCCUCGCCCCCCGGCACCCCGCCCGCGGGCACCCCGGCCGGCAACGGCUUGGACGGCUUUGGGGAUGCGGACAGCGAUGGGAGCGAUGGGGGAGACGCCGCUCCGGAUGGAUACUCACAUUUAUCAGCUUAUGAAAGGAAAAGACUAAAGAACAUUACAGAAAAUGCUAAAUUCUUUGCUGCUUUAAAGCUGCAUGAGUCAGCUGCAAGACUUCACCAAAUUGCAACUAAAAGACAGUCUCAUGUCACCAAAAGAGCUAAGCCUAAAAAGGCAGAAGAUGAAACAGUACGGCGAAGAUCUAUGCGCUUACAAAGAGUAGAGCCGUCAGGAAUUCCAAUGCCGGAGAUGCCUGCCCAGCCAGGAGCAGAGGAAUAUCCUCAAGUUCCAGCCGGACCUUUGCCAAUGGUUCCAGAAGAUCAGAUGGAGAACAGUAAAUUGACAGAGGAGUUACUGACUACAUGGAUGAGGAUAAGUGAGAUGAAAGCUAGCGAUACUGAAAAGUGCACGCAUGACAUGGAAAGAUACCAAGGCAGCCUGAACAGCAUGGUCCUCAGUGAAGAUAACAUUAAAAAGGUUGUGAAAUAUCGAGUGUGUUCUAUGGCUAUCCAUCCUUCUGAAAGCAUCAUCUUUGUGGCAGCUGGAGAUAAGUCCGGGCAGAUCGGUCUCUGGAAUGUGAACUGUAAGUCUGAAGAAGGAGCACAUGUCUUUAUUCCGCACAAUUAUCCUGUCAGCUGCAUGCAUUUUUCUCCAUUUAAUCCUGCUCACUUGCUGUCUCUAAGCAAUGACACUCUGCGAUGUGGUGAUGUUACUAGAGCUGUCUUUGAUGAGAUAUGCAGAAGCGAAGAAAGCUUAUCUUCCUUUGACUUUUUGGAAGAUAAUGCCUCCACUGCAAUAGUAGGACACUGGGAUGGCGACGUCGCUGUUGUGGACAGACGGACCCCAGGAACAUCUUCAGAGCUUUCUGCAGACAUUGGCUUCAAAAGAACAAGGACAGUCCAUGUUCACCCAGUGAAUAAACAGUAUUUCGUUGCUGCUGGCUCAGUGGAUGUUUGUAUUUAUGACGUUCGAUACCUGAAGUCUAAUGGGAACAAGCCUGUGAGCUCUCUUAAAGGACACACAAAAAGUGUUGCUUCUGCGUAUUUCUCACCUGUAACUGGGAACAGAGUAGUGACGGUGUGUGCUGAUGAUAAGCUGAGGAUCUAUGACACCACCUCUUUGCCAUCGACAGUCGCAGUUCUCAGUACCGUCAGACACAACAAUAACACGGGACGCUGGUUAACUAGGUUCAGAGCAAUAUGGGACCCUAAACAGGAAGACUGCUUCGUGGUGGGCAGUAUGGCACGACCAAGACAAAUAGAAGUCUUCCAGGAUACUGGAAAAUUGUUGCACUCCUUUUAUAACCUUGAAUGCCUUGGUUCCGUGUGUUCCAUUAAUGUGGUUCAUCCCAGUAAGAACAUCUUAGUGGGUGGCAACUCCAGUGGCCGCCUUCAUGUGUUCAAAGAAUAAAACACGUGGCUUAGAUAUUUUUGUUUUUCCUUUUUGCAUUAAAUUUGUUUAAUCUGUAUUAAGCUGUUCCUAAGCUAACUGUAUUUUCUCAAGACAAAAGUGUAUUUUAAAAACUUUAAAAUAAAUCUUCU